UCAUCGAUCUAUUAUCACUAACACAAAUAUACAUACACACACACACACAAUAUAGUAGCUGUUAAUCAUGGCUUUCAAGGGAGACAAUGUUGUUGUUCCUAAUAUGAAGCUUGAAAGGAUGUUUUGCAUGAAAGGAGGCAAAGAACAGGCUAGCUAUGCCAACAACUCUCAAGCUCAAGCGAUACAUGCUAGAUCGGUGCUUCACUUCCUUGAAGAAACCCUAGACUCAGUGCAACUAAACUGCCCUGAAAUUCCCUUUGUGGUGGCUGACCUAGGAUGCUCAAGUGGCACCAACACAAUCUCCACCGUUGAAGUCAUCAUCAACCACAUGAUCAAGCGAUACGAGGCCUUGGGAUAUGAGCCGCCGGAGUUCUCGGCUUUCUUCUCCGACCUCCCUUGCAAUGACUUCAACACUCUCUUUCAGCUCCUCCCUCCCCUUGCCAAUUAUAGCACUAGCAUGGAGGAGUUCCUCGCCGCCAAGGGUCACCGGUCUUACUUCGCUGCUGGAGUGCCCGGUUCUUUCCACCGGAGGCUUUUUCCGGCGAGAUCCAUUGAUGUUUUCCACUCUGCAUUUUCCUUGCACUGGCUUUCUCAGGUUCCAGAGAGUGUGUUAGACAAGAGAUCAACGGCUUACAACAAAGGGAAGGUGUACAUCCACGGUGCAAAUGAAAGCACAACAAGUGCCUACAAGGAACAGUUCAAGACUGACCUAGCAGGGUUCAUUAGAUCAAGAUCAAUGGAGAUGAGAAGUGGUGGGUCCAUGUUUCUUGUCUGCUUGGGUAGAACUUCACUGGAUCCCACGGACCAAGGUGGGGCAGGAUUCCUCUUUGGGACCCACUUUCAGGAUGCAUGGGAUGAUCUUGUCCAAGAGGGCCUAAUUGGUAGUGAAAAACGAGACAACUUCAACAUACCUUUGUAUGCUCCAAGCCUACAAGAAUUCAAGGAGGUGCUUGAAGCUGAUGCCACAUUCACUAUCAACAAGCUUGAGGUAUUCAAAGGAGGAAGCCCUCUUGUGGUUAACCAGCCCGACGAUGCGGCCGAGGUGGGUCGAGCCCUAGCCAACAGUUGCAGGACCGUGGCCGGGGUCCUAGUCGAUGCACACAUUGGGGACCGGCUUAGUAUCGAGCUGUUUUCGAGGGUGGAACGACGGGCCACCAGCCGCGCAAAAGAGCUACUAGAGCAGUUGCAGUUUUUCCACAUUGUUGCUUCACUUUCCAAGUAGAGAAGGAAGUUUUCUUUUCUUCCACAUUUUCUUGUUUCAAUUUCUAUUUGCAUAGAAAACAAAAAGGGUUGUAAUUUUAAUGAAUAAGAGACAAUCUUAGGAUUUACUCGGAGCAAAGACAAUAAUC